CCGGGCCCUUCAGUCCCCCAGGCGGUGCUCUAACCACUGCGCAACCGGCCAGGGCAGCCCCCAGAGAGUUUCAGGUGAUCUGGGAACAUGAAACUAGGAACUAUCAAUAGAGCAAGCAUGCUAAUAUUGAAUAAGGCAGCAGGAGUUUUUUCUAAACCAGCAAAAAGGAAAAUUUAUGAAUAUUUAAGAAGUUCCAAUUUUCAUCCUGGGAAAGUAUUUCUGCACAAAGUCGUGUUGGGAAUUGAGACCAGUUGUGACGAUACGGCAGCUGCUGUGGUGGAUGAAGCUGGGAAUGUUUUGGGAGAAGCGAUACAUUCCCAGACUGAAGUUCACUUAAAAACCGGCGGGAUCAUUCCGCCAGUAGCUCAGCAGCUUCACAGAGAGAAUAUCCAGCGGAUAGUGCAAGAAGCGCUGUCUGCCAGUCGAGUCCCUCCGAGCGAACUCUCCGCCGUUGCCACCACCACCAUGCCCGGCCUGGCCCUGAGCCUGGGCGUGGGCCUGUCCUUCAGCCUGCAGCUGGUCGGCCAGCUGAAGAAGCCCUUCAUCCCCAUCCACCACAUGGAAGCUCACGCGCUCACUAUCAGGCUGACAAACGAAGUGGAAUUUCCCUUUCUCGUUCUCUUGAUUUCUGGAGGCCACUGUCUGUUGGCCUUGGUCAGAGGAGUCGCGGAUUUCCUGCUUCUCGGAAAGUCUCUGGACAUAGCGCCGGGGGACAUGCUUGACAAGGUGGCAAGAAGGCUGUCUUUAACAAAACACCCGGAGUGUGCCGCCAUGAGUGGUGGGAGGGCCAUCGAGCAUCUGGCGAAACAAGGAAAUAGACUGCGUUUUGACCUCACGCCUCCCAUGCAUCGGGCUAAAAACUGUGAUUUUUCCUUCACUGGACUUCAACACGCUGUCGAUAAGAUAAUAACACGAAAGGAAAAAGAGGAAGGCGUGGAGCAGGGGCAGGUCCUGGCCUCCGCUGCGGACAUCGCGGCCGCCGUGCAGCACACUGUUCUGUGGUAUUUUUCUCCAAAUCGUUAUUCUGCAGAUGUUUCACCUGCCCGUCGCCCAUCUGUCAGAUGUGGUGUUGGAUUGCAUGCUGCUGCCGUUCCCAGGUUAGCUGCCAGCCUGGCUGACGUCCGUAUGGACACCUGUUCCUCUUGGUCUUCUCGGUUCCUCCAGGUUGUGUCUGGAGGAGUUGCCAGCAACUUCUACAUCCGAAAAGCUCUGGAACUUGUAACAGACGCCACCCAGUGCGCUCUGCUGUGUCCUCCCCCCAGACUGUGCACGGACAACGGCGUGAUGAUCGCGUGGAACGGGAUUGAGAGACUGCGCGCCGGCGUGGGCAUUUUAUACGACACAGAAGGCGUCCGCUACGAACCGAAAUGUCCUCUGGGGGUGGAUAUAUCCAAAGAAGUUGGAGAAGCCGCCAUAAAAGUUCCACAAUUAAAAAUGAAGAUCUGAGCCCGGCCGGCGUGGUUCCGUGGUUGGGGUCGACCUAUGAGCCAGGAGGUCCUGGUU